CACAUAGGCGGUGAAACGAGCGUUGCGCAAACACAUCUGCAGGAAAAAACGAACAUAAAUUUUAAUUUUCAUUUCUUGUUUGGUCAUCGUGAUGGAUUUGGACAAAACGUCACAGGUAAUACGUUUAUCAGAGUACGAUACGGAUUGCAACAAGGGAAGUUGGCAGAACAUGUUUGUGUCUUGAGCGAUUUUUAUGGUGGUAGACCUUUUAGAAUACAGAAACAUGAGAUGCGCGAUGUGCACUGAGGUGACCACUGAUCCUGCCACACUUCAGUGUAAUCACACGUUCUGCAAGCCCUGUCUACUGAAAUACACCACCACACAGCCUGAAGAAGUAGACGCUACAUGCAAUGAAAUAGUAUGUCCUACCUGUAAACAACCGACGAAGGUCACGAAUUUCAACCAGCUGAAGCCAAACCUUUCCAGCCAGGAACCGGUAAACGACAGUACAUCAGGUUCUUUUGGAAAUAUAUCAGGACAUGACGAGUUGCCAGCUCCAGUCCUCCCAUCAGAAAGCUGUUUUGGAAGUAUUGGGCCACACAGCACAUCCUCGCUUUCACACGAUCGGGGCAACACAGACUUGUCUGUUUCAACUGUCGAUCCAUUGCAGUAUCGUAUGAGUAGAGAGCAUAGUUUAGGUUCUUUUGGAAAAAUAUCAGGACAUGACGAGUUGCCAGCUCCAGUCCUCCCAUCAGAAAGCUGUUUUGGAAGUAUUGGACCACACAGCACAUCCUCGUUUUCACACGAUCGGGGCAACACAGACUUGUCUGUUUCAACUGUCGAGCCAUUGCAGUAUCGUAUGUGUAGAGAGCACACUUUAGGUUCUUUUGGAAAAAUAUCAGGACAUGACGAGUUGCCAGCUCCAGUCCUCCCAUCAGAAAGCUCUUUUGGAAGUAUUGGACCACACAGCACAUCCUCGUUUUCACACGAUCGGGGCAACACAGACUUGUCUGUUUCAACUGUCGAUCCAUUGCAAUAUCGUAUGUGUAGAGAGCACACUUUAGGUUCUUUUGGAAAAAUAUCAGGACAUGACGAGUUGCCAGCUCCAGGCCUCCCAUCAGAAAGCUGUUUUGGAAGUAUUGGACCACACAGCACAUCCUCGCUUUCACACGAUCGGGGCAACACAGACUUGUCUGUUUCAACUGUCGAUCCAUUGCAGUAUCGUAUGUGUAGAGAGCACACUUUAGGUUCUUUUGGAAAAAUAUCAGGACAUGACGAGUUGCCAGCUCCAGUCCUCCCAUCAGAAAGCUGUUUUGGAAAUAUUGGACCACACAGCACAUCCUCGUUUUCACACGAUCAGGGCAACACAGACUUGUCUGUUUCAACUGUCGAUCCAUUGCAGUAUCGUAUGUGUAGAGAGCACACUUUAGGUUCUUUUGGAAAAAUAUCAGGACAUGACGAGUUGCCAGCUCCAGUCCUCCCAUCAGAAAGCUCUUUUGGAAGUAUUGGACCACACAGCACAUCCUCGCUUUCACACGAUCGGGGCAACACAGACUUGUCUGUUUCAACUGUCGAUCCAUUGCAGUAUCUUAUGUGUAGAGAGCACACUUUAGGUUCUUUUGGAAAUAUAUCAGGACAUGACGAGUUGCCAGCUCCAGUCCUCCCACCAGAAAGCUGUUUUGGAAGUAUUGGGCCACACAGCACAUCCUCGCUUUCACACGAUCAGGGCAACACAGACUUGUCUGUUUCAACUGUUGAUCCAUUGCAGAAUCUAAUGUGUAGAGAGCACAGAGACAGCCAGGUCCAACGUUACUGCAAAGGUUGCAGUAUUGCACUUUGUGAUAAAUGUUGCAGUACAAAGCAUGAUGGGUGUGAUGUUGAAUCUAUACAAAAUAUGAUCCCCCUCUUUGAAGAAAAACUAGCAUGUGUAUCUCGACAGAUAUUGAAGAAGAUGAAAACUACCCAGGACAACAUUAGAAUGGCAAAGAAACAUAUUGGUAACAUAAUCAAUAAUGCUCAGAAGGUUAAAGGGCAAAUCCAACACGCCAUGAAGUUUUCAGCCAAGACGAUGAUCCAAGAAGUAAAUAUAUUUUCUGAGAGGCAAAUCAACGAUUUAAACGUUUGCAUACAGGCUGAGGAAAUGAGAUUCCACCAGUAUCAGCAGCAGUACAAGUACAUUAACACUGUUGUAACGGCGUACUCCCUUGUGGAAAUACGCGCCAUCUACGAAUCCUUAAGUACAGAAGAAGAAGACACAGACGCAAACACGCCCAUGGAAUACAGGCCAGUUCCAGAGAGGAUUGUCUUCACGCAAUGUGUGAACGAAAAUGGUGACUAUUCUCACCAGAUUGAAGUUGUCCACGAUGUUAGUGACCGGAAGUCGUCUGCUGUCCUCCAUCACACCAUUGACUGUCACACAGAGGAGGACAAGUGGUGUCCUGAUUUGAUUGACGUCACAGUGGUGAGCUCGAGUGGUGAGCCAAAUACGAUCAUGAUUGUAGCAGAUUUCACCAACAGAAGUCUGAAAUCCAUUUACACAUCAAAGUCAAGUCUUCAUAAAAGAUGUCUGAAGCUUUCUGACAGACCCUGGCAAAUAGCAAAGUUACAUAAAAACAAUAUAGCAGUCAGUGUUCCAGAUAGUAAGGAAAUAGUUACCGUGCAGCUCACACCCAAUCCCGUCUUACUCUCAACCAUCAGGACAAAGAAGGAAUACUUCGCCCUAGCGUGUCCCGCCCAAACACAGCUACUGGCUGGAACAUUUAAAACUUCCAACUCUGUUGACCUCCUUGACAUGGCGGGACACGUACUGAAAUCCAUUAACACAGGUUCAAUUGUGAGUCCAGAUUAUAUCCAAAUUACCGAUCAGAAGAAUAUUCUCGUUGGCCAAGGAGAUGUGAAUUCUUUUGUGUCGGUGAACAGUGAUGGAGCAGUUCUUUUUUAUUACCCCUCAACCAGAAAAAGUGUUCUGAGCUGUCCUCGAGGUUUCGCAACAACCAGCACAGGAGAUGUUCUCCUUGUGGACCGGGAUUGCAAGAAGGUGAUUCAACUGACAGAGUCCGGACAGUUUGUCAGAGAUGUGCUCACAGAAGGGCUGGAACAUCCCCGAGGCCUCUGUCUGGACAAUGAUGGCCUGAUGUAUGUUACGCUUGGGUCAUGUGUUAAUGUAUUCACAUUCAAAGAUGUAAUUGAUCUAAGAGGUCAAGGAGAAAGAGAGCAUGGUAUAUUAUACAGCCAACGCUGUACAGAAGUGUAGGCUGAUGGCAUGUUAAUUUCAAGUGUUCCAAAACGGUUGAGGCCUACUCUUAAAUAUAACACGUCAACGCCAGAGAAUAAUCAGUCUCGAUUAACCAACGAAACAAAUUCCAUUGGGCAUGAAAGGCAAAAAAGUUGUGGAAAUUAUAUGAAUGGGUCACUGAAAAUCAGUGACAUGCAAGCCUGACAUGUAUUGCGAUCACUUCAUGUCAGCACUGCAAAUUCACCUGGAUACGUUUCAAUAAAAUUCGUUUCCAUUAUGUUUUAAGUGAGUGAGUGGGUACGCCGUUUUUAUCAGUAUUCCAGCAAUAUCACGGCGGGAGUCACCAGAAAUGGGAUUCACACAUUGUGCCCAUGUUGGAAUCGAACCCGGGUCUUCGGCUUAACGAGUGAACGCUUUAACUUCUAGGCUACCCCACAGCCAACAUUAUGUUUAGAACUAUACCUACAGCUUUGACCUUCUAAUGAGUGAAUAAGUGACUGUUGUUGGGAUGUACAUGAGUAAAAGAUAUCUAGCUCUACCAAAAGAGAGAAAAA